UUUGGCGCGUCUUGAAUCUGCUGCAGCCGAAGUGGGCGGUGAGUGCUACACGGACGGCGGUUUGAAUAGUUGCUGAGGCGGAAACAUCAAAACCGGACAAAUUAAUUACAAAAUUACAAAGUGAAAGUUGUGUCCGUCAUCGACACCGUUUGACACUGAACAUCACAUCUAUUCCCGGUCCCGGUCGGACUGGGGAAACGAGCGCCGUGAGUGCUGACAAGUAAAGCCGGUGUUGGUCUGUCGCUGGCGGCUUGCUGCCGGAGCUAAAGAGCUAGCGUGCUACGAGCUAGUGUGCUAACGUAGCAGCUAACCCGCUAACCACCCCCUGCCCCCGUGUAUACAAAGGACGUUUUUCAGCCCGUCCUGUAUCACAUCCACCCCGGGUCGCCCCGCUGAAUGAGGACCGGGCACCACUCUCAGGUCGACCAUGGUGCUGACAGGGAAACGCUCCGAGAAAGGCCCGGCCUGCUGGAAGAGGAGGGUCAAGUCUGAGUACAUGAGGCUGCGCCAGCUCAAACGCUUCCGCCGGGCGGACGAGGUCAAGAGCAUGUUCAACACCAACCGGCAGAAGAUCAUGGAUCGGACGGACGUCCUGAACCAGGAGUGGAAGACCCGACGCAUCCAGCCCGCUCACGUGAUGACGGCGGUCAGCUCCCUGCGCGGGACCAGAGAGUGCACGGUGGACAGUGGCUUCUCCGAGUUCCCCAAGCAGGUGAUCCCUCUGAAGACCCUGAACGCUGUGGCCUCCGUACCAGUCAUGUACUCCUGGUCGCCACUGCAGCAGAACUUCAUGGUGGAAGACGAGACGGUGCUCCACAAUAUCCCCUACAUGGGGGACGAGAUCUUGGACCAGGACGGCACCUUCAUCGAGGAGCUCAUCAAGAACUACGACGGCAAGGUCCAUGGAGACCGAGAGUGCGGCUUCAUCAACGACGAGAUCUUCGUGGAGCUGGUGAGCGCUCUGACCCAGUACAGCGACAACGAGGAUGAGGAGGACGAGGAAGAGCAGCCCGACUUCAAGGUGGAGAAGCUGGAGCUGUGUGAGAGCAAGGAGCAGCAGCAGCCCCCCCCCGAGGAGCCCAGCAAAGACCCCCUGGUCACCACUGAGAAUCAUAGCAGCAGCAACGACAGCAGCAAGAAGUUCCCCUCAGACAAGAUCUUUGAAGCCAUCUCCGCCAUGUUCCCUGACAAAGGCUCCACCGAGGAACUCAAGGAGAAGUACAAGGAGCUGACUGAGCCCCAGCUCCCGGGGGCUUUGCCCCCAGAGUGCACGCCCAACAUCGACGGGCCCAACGCGCGCUCUGUGCAGCGCGAGCAGAGCCUGCACUCCUUCCACACGCUCUUCUGCCGUCGCUGCUUCAAGUACGACUGCUUCCUCCACCGUGAGUCCUCACACUCCGAACACGCCCCCCAGCGGACAGACGAUCUGCCGCCCUGCCAGACGAUGGCGUUCCACGCCACGCCAAACACCUACAAGCGUAAGAACAUGGAGAGCCUGGUGGACAACAAGCCGUGCGGCAGCGACUGCUACAUGCACCUGGUGCAGGACGACGGCGUCCGGGAGUUCCCCGCCAUCAUGGCCCCGGAGGGGGAGGGGGGGGAGGAGGCCGAGGAGGUGAAGAGCCCCUCCAAGCGCCCCGCUGCUGCCCGUCGCCGCGGGCGACCCAGCAGCCGGCCGGGCAGCCCGUCCGUCUCCUCGGAAACCAAAGACACGGACAGCGACGGCGAGGGCAGCAAGGACGGAGACGCGGUCGCCAACCAUGAGGAGGCCGCUGUCGUCAACAACCAUGAUAAACACGACAACCAUGAUAAACACGACGACCAUGAUAAACACGACAACCACGAUAAACACGACAACCACGAUAAACACGACAACCACGACAACCACGAUAAACACGACAACCAUGAUAACCACGACAACCAUGAUAAACACGACAACCACGACAACCAUAAAGAAGAUGAGGAUAAAAAAGAAAUGCAGACCAGCAGCUCAGAGGGGAACUCCCGCUCCCAGACCCCGGUCACGCUGAAGCUGACCUGCGAGCCGGAGCCGGUGGACUGGAGCGGCGCCGAGGCCUCCCUGUUCAGGGUGCUGAUCGGGACGUACUACGACAACUACUGCGCCAUCGCCCGGCUCAUCGGCACCAAGACCUGCAGACAGGUGUACGAGUUCAGGGUGAAGGAGUCGAGCAUCAUCGCCCGCGCGCCCACCGAGGACGAAGACGAGGACACGCCCCCCAGGAAGAAGAGGAAGAAGCACAGACUCUGGGCAACCCACUGCCGCAAGAUCCAGCUCAAGAAAGACGGCUCGUCCAAUCACGUGUACAACUACCAACCAUGUGACCACCCGAGGCAACCAUGUGACUCCUCCUGCCCCUGUGUCACGGCUCAGAACUUCUGUGAAAAGUUCUGCCAGUGCAGCUCUGAAUGUCAGAACCGGUUCCCGGGCUGCAGGUGUAAGGCCCAGUGCAACACCAAGCAGUGCCCGUGCUACCUGGCGGUCCGCGAGUGUGACCCCGACCUCUGUCUCACCUGCGGCGCGGCCGAGCACUGGGACAGCAAGAACGUCUCCUGCAAGAACUGCUCCAUCCAGAGGGGAGCCAAGAAGCACCUGCUGCUGGCUCCGUCAGAUGUGGCCGGCUGGGGCAUCUUCAUCAAGGAGCCGGUGCACAAGAACGAGUUCAUCUCCGAGUACUGUGGAGAGAUCAUCUCCCAGGACGAGGCGGACCGCAGGGGCAAGGUCUACGACAAGUACAUGUGCAGCUUCCUGUUCAACCUCAACAACGACUUUGUGGUCGACGCCACGAGGAAGGGCAACAAGAUCCGCUUCGCCAACCACUCUGUGAACCCCAACUGCUAUGCAAAAGUGAUGAUGGUGAACGGCGACCACAGGAUAGGAAUCUUCGCCAAGAGGGCCAUCCAGACCGGAGAGGAGCUGUUCUUCGACUACAGGUAUAGCCAGGCCGACGCCCUGAAGUACGUUGGGAUCGAACGGGAACUGGAGAUGGCCUAGAGCUACUACCGCCUGCGAGUCUGUUACACAAAGGCCUUACACACACACACAAACACACUCACACACACUCUCAUACACACACGCUCUCCUCCACAUACACAAACACACUGGCAGUCAAGUGGCCACUUCAGGAAACCAGAACAACUCCACCAACCAACUCAGUCAGAGUUUCAGGAAUUCUGGGACUUUUUGGAUCUGAACCGGAACUUCUUUUUUGUUUUUACUGUUGCCAUGGCAGGCACGUUUUUUUUGUCUAUUUCCCUUGUGUUGAUGUCUUCGCAACCCUACCCUCUUCCCGCCACAGGCGGGAGAGGUUGGGAGUCUGAUUCCGCCUCGGCCCCACGACUAAACUGCUCUGACGGCCAUUUUUCUACUGCCGGGAAAACUUCCAAUGUCCUCCCAACGCCUCAGGGACCAAUCGACCAGCAGGAGGCUUCAGUCCGACCGGACAGACGCAGACCGGCAGGCCUGUCCAUCAUCGUCAUCACUACGUCUGUGCUUCUGUCCAUAAAGGAGGGAAUGGAGCUCAAACAGAACCCGCCCCCACGCUGCAUCCUGAUUGGUUGAAGGAUUGGUGCUGAUACCAGGAAGCAUCCAUGAGCUCCUCGGGCCGACAUAUCUUUCAGACGGCCCUGAUGAACACACAGACAUCCUCCUGUGAAGGCCCCCACCCUCCCGUCAGAGACCAGCGUGUCCUCGGCCUAAGGCGACCGUGGGCUCUCUGGGAGGUUCAUCCAAACGGCUGGAGCCACUGAGCCCGACGCCCUCUAGUGGCUGAACGCCUGCUGGUUCACCGGGGCACCCUGUGCUUCAGCACCCAGCUGCUCCUUCCUAGUGCAGCGCUCAGACCUCUGGACCACUACUCUCUCACGACCCAGCCCUCCAGCGCGGUCGUUCCUCUCCGAACACCCAACCAAAUAAACAACGGAUAAUCUUCAGGUUGUAAUCAUCGUCUCCUCUGGCUCAUUCUCGUCUUUUUACUGAACUGUAAGGUGACCCUCUACUGGUACAGCCCUGCGUCACAUGGACCGGCCCUAAGCUCCUCCCA